UUACUAAGUUUAAAGGUUGAGCUUUUUUUUUCUUUUUAUUCUCUUGAAGUUUGACUAAUUUGCUGUUAUCAGUUGUUAAAAACCGGGAAAUCUGUAGUCUGUACCCCGUCACAGUACUCACGUGUUACUUGUUUAUUGUUAACUUUACGCAUAUCUUGGCUACACUGCACUAUUGACGAGGCUCUAUCAUAUUUUCAUUAUUUACGGAAAAUUUGAAAACAUUGAUACUAAACUCGUGGAAGUUAUCUAAGAGAGAGACAUUGGUAUAAUAAUAAGCCAUGUGGUAAGCUCUUAUAGUCUUAUCACUAUUCCCUCAAUAGCGCAUUUUAUUUGUAUUUUAAAUUUUUGUAAAAAAUAUAAAAUACAAUUUUGUUUCUUUAAGCUACAACUACAGUUUACUUUACAGUAUAGUAUACUGUCUAGUGUGUGGUUGAUGGAUUCACGUAAAACGUAUUAAUAUCCACUUCGCAAGUCAAUACAAUGCGUAUUGACACUUGUUAUUUUUGUUCGUCUAAAAUAUACCCAGGACAUGGAAUGCACUUCGUAAGAAAUGAUUGUAAAAGCCUUCCAAAAGAAGAAGAACCCGAGGCGUGUACGAUGGACUAAAGCCUACCGCAAGGCUGUUGGUAAAGAAUUAGCUGUUGAUCCAUCAUUUGAAAUUGAAAAGAGACGUAACAUUCCCAUGAAAUAUGACAGAGAAUUUUGGCAAAUGUCUAUGGAAGCAAUCAAAAAAGUCACUGAAAUUCAAAAGAAACGUCAAUCUACAUAUGUAAUGCAGCGAUUACGUAAAGGACGUGAAGUUGAACAGCACAGAGAUAUCAGAGAAGUCCAAAGAGAUAUGUCACUAAUUAGAUCACCUGCUGCAGGACUAAAACAACGUUUGUUAACUGAAGAAAAAUUACUCGAAGAAGAACAAGAAAAUGAUGUAGAUAUGAUUACUGUAGAAGACGAAAAUAAUAUUGAUCAUAGCAAAUUAUCUUACAUAAAAAUAUAAAAUAUAAAAUAUUUGUAACUAUUUUAUAGUAUUGUAAUAUGAAUUUUUUUUAAUAGCAAUUUGUUGCACAAGUUACCACUUUUCAAGUUUUUUUUUUUUUGUUCACUACCAAGUGUAAAUUAAACCAAUAACAGUGGUUUUUUUUUAUGUAUAAAAUUAAUCAUACAUUAAAUUUGAGCUUUUUGGAAAUGACCAGUGUUUCCAAGAAUGUUCAAAUCUGUUAGUCUGUAAUCUAUACUUCUAUACUAUGCCAAAACAAUUAUGAAUAAAAAGGAUGAUCCAUGUAUAAUUAAUUUAGCACUGGUCAAAUACAUGUUUAAUGUGCGAUGACACAACA